AUGGACGACCUUGACGAAAUCAUGAAACUUACAGGAACGCAUCGCUGGGCAGCAGGGCCUUCCAAGCCCACGUUUCCACGGGUCAAAGGAUAUUUCGCGUUCCCUCCAACCGUCACCCCAGACGGACACAUCGCGUUCACGUUCACAAUCAAGGGAGCAAUUGAAGGGGACUCACGAGAAGGCCGCGAGCGGCAAGAACGGGCAUCCCGGGAAGCUGCAGAAGCGCGCAAAGAGGCGGCCUGGCAAGAACGCCGCCGGCGCGAUGUCCAGCUGCAUGAAGAGCGUCUAGCACGCGAACGCGCUGAGGCGUUGACCGGCGAAAUGGCAUGGGUGCGCGCAGGCGGUUCACUUCGCGACGCGCACGGGCGGCGCGACAAGGUGCGCACGGAGCAGCUGCGCGCAGAGAUCCGUCUGCUCGACGAAGAGGCGCGGCUCACGGCCCAAUGGAACGCGUAUGAAGCACGAUGGUGCGCCCUACUGGCCGUAAACACCCCUGUAAAAUUCAAGGAUGUGCCGUGGCCAUUGCCCUCUGCCGUAGCAUCGGUCGACGAUCUCGUCCCUGGUGCGAUUGAGGAGUUCCUCUUUGGGCCACUGCGCGUGCGGCGGAACACAGUUACAAAGCGUGAACGCUUCAGAGCGUCGUUUCUCAGGUGGCACCCGGACAAGAUGUCUGCCUUGCUCCAGAGGGUGGUACCAGAGGACGAGUCUGCUGUGCAAGAGGGGGUGAAAGCGGUAUUCAGGAAUCCUCAUACUCACCACAUCAAUGUUCGGACAACACCGUUUGAUCGUCUCAGUACUCUAUCAGACGCUUUGUACUAG